AUGAACCCUGUCGUAACAUUAGCCUCUGUGUUAUGGGGAAAAAUGUCAAUCGCCGCUGGAAUUGCAUAUAUCUUAGCUCAGUUUGCGGGUUCUAUAGCUGGAUAUGGAAUAUUAGUAGCAGUAUCUCCAGUUGAUUUGACCACAGACGGAAUUUGUACAACUCAACCUCAUGUACAGCUCACUGUACCCCAAGCAUUGGGUAUUGAAGUAAUUCUAACAGCCGCAUUAAACUUCAUUAAUUGCGCUGUUUGGGAUCCAGUGAACAAAGAUUCCUUAGAAUCUGUUUCUUUGAAGAUUGGUUUCACUAUUGCUGGGCUAUCAAUUGCUGGAGGUCCUUUUACAGGUGCAAGUAUGAACCCAGCACGAUCUUUGGGGCCAGCUCUUUGGACCAGUACAUGGAAUGCACAUUGGGUUUACUGGAUAGGUCCAUUACUUGGUGGAUCUCUAUCGGCAAUAUUAUAUAAAUAUACAUGGCUGAAAGAAGGUAGUAAUAACAUAUGA